GAGGGACUCAAAUAUGUAUUUUUCCUGUUUUCUUCUUUUUCUCAUAACACAAACAAAGAAAAUAUUGAGCGGUUAUUUAGGCCCCCGCCGUCGCUUCGGGCCACUACCGCCGUCUCACAUUUGAGAAAACAGUUAUGAAUGAUGAUAAAAUGAUCUCUGCUAAUGAUUGAGUAAGGAGAAAAGAAUCACAUUCAGUUGUCACAGUAAUGAAAUUGAAUUGAGUUUUGUAGGUAAAUCAAUGGAGGCGAAGAGUUGUUUGUGUAUGAAUGAUGUGUUAUUGCAUGAUUGGUGGCUCCUUAAAUCUCACAUCAAUCGCAUUUCUCUUGCCGGCUCUGCUUCAAGACACGGGAGAUUAGGAGAAAUUGUCUUCUUUUCCUCGACACCAAUUUGUAGGAGAAUUGAUGCCACCACUGUUGAAACCACAGAUGGUAUCACAAUUACAGUCAGCGGCAUGUUAAAUAGAUCACGAACACAUCAAAAUGGAAUCCCAUUUAAGGUUUGCAACCUUUUCCAGCUUGGAUUUCCACAUCACUGGGAAGAGGUUGUUGCUCAAAUGUAUAAUGAAGGAGAGUCUGUUAAAAAAGACACGUCAAGUGAAAAAUCUGGUUUUCUUAGGCGCAAGAAAUCUUCAGGUACCAGCGCAGUGCCAUCAAUUUUGGAUGAUGUUCCAGCAAGAAGGAUUCGUGAUCUUGUUAUGCGCCAUCCUGAAGAUUCUGAAAAGUUUAUUUGCGGUGAUAUCCUGGAAAGAUUCAAGGAACGUACUCCUGGGGCGGCUGAUGCAGACUUGGGAAAGGGUAGUGCAUUCACCUCGGUACACAAUGAUGCGGAUGAAAAUAUUAGGAGUAACAAGGAGUCAGGAGUUGCAGAAACUCCUUCAUCUAAAGUCAGAAGUUCUGGCAGGCUGAAGAUUCGCAAGGACUAUACUCAUAUGCUAUGAUGCACGGAAACCUCGAAGAAACUGAAUUUCCCUGUUUUCAGAAUGUUUCUGUGUCUGAAUCUUUCGAGCCUGCUAGGCUAUUGUACAACCCUGAACUAGAUGAUGAGGUUGUAAUGCCUAAUAUUCUAAUUACCAUUUCAGGAAGAUAUUUGGGCAGUUUGGAUGAUGAAUGAAGUUGGUGUUCCUCUUAA